UUAAUAUUAAGCACUACCCAGGAAGCUGGCUUGUAUUUACAUCUUUAGCCAGCUACCUCCACAAAGCUACCCUCUUUCAAUAGAAUGGCAGACGAGGCGCUGUUUGAUUUCCUCCAUAUGGAGAUAGUGUCACAUGUUUACAAGGAGCAGCAAUCAAGUAAAGGAGAAAUGGACCACAAGGACAGAGCAGUGUGUGUUUCUGUCCUUGAAAGCAUGGGCUUCAGGGUGGGACAAGGACUGAUUGAAAGGUUGACCAGGGACUCUCCCAGCUUCAAGGAUGAGUUGGAUGUCAUGAAGUUCAUCUGUAAAGACUUUUGGACAAAGGUGUUCAGGAGGCAGAUUGACAACCUCAGAACAAACCAUCAGGGAACAUAUGUGCUUCAAGACAACAAGUUUUCCCUGCUGACUCAGCUCUCUAAUGGAAAACAGUACCUGGAUCAAGCUCCAAAGUACCUCGCUUUCUCAUGUGGUGUGGUGAGAGGAGCUCUGUCCAAUCUCGGCCUGGACAGCGUGGUGACAGCUGAGGUCUCUGUUAUGCCAUCCUGUAAGUUUCAGGUUGUGAUCCAGAAGUUGUGACCUGUUCCUCUCUGUUGCCAUGGUGCUAUGAACAGGGUCCUGUGAGGUUUUGUUUUUCCUAAAGAGAGGAUAAUAGUUCCUAUUCAACCUCAGCGGGACUCAGACAAGAGCUGGGGAUUUAAGAGGUACUGAUGACAACCAGGUACAUCAAACAAGGAAAAAAGGUUUAGCAGAAACUUAAAGUAUGAGGUUUGUUUUCUUUUUUUUUUCAUCUUGUUUUAUUAGAAGUUGUCUCCAGUGUAAAUGAAACAAUAAUAGUUUCAACUUCAGUUUUCACUUAAAAGUAGGUGAAGCUUGGCUCUGACUGACCCUGCCUGGCAUGGCUUUGAAAGAUUAAUAUUGACUGUGAAGACAAGAAUGUGAAUGUCAAGUAAAUCACAAGGGAACUUAGUGUUCUUUGCAAUAUGUUGCAAUGUUGAGUCCUCCAUCUGAGAGGACUGAGUACUUACUAAACACACAAUUCAAAGUGAAAUUAAAUAAAAUUAACAAUACAUAGCUGUGGAUGAAAUUCCCAGACUAUCAACCGCCAUAGAGUUUCCCUAACUCAAACAAUGGCGAGUGAGCCUCUGAAAAUCAUUACUCUUUGUACGCAUUCAAUCUGCAGAGAAACUGCUCCUGGUGCUUUGCCCUGCCUUAAACAGACUGCCUUUAGGAGCUAGGUGUUCAUGCAUGCUGGUUGUCUUUUAAAUUUCAUUUUAUUUACAGGAAAAAUGCAAAUUUAGAGUGAGUCAUCGGUACAUAAAUGUAGAGUUACACUCUUAAUUGUAAGUGUUCUACCUCUGUGAUCACAUCACAUUUUACAGUUGACCAUUCAAACUAGGGUUUUAAGUUAUUAUUUUAUGUAAUGACAAACAUUUUUUGCACUUUGUACUGCAGUGAUAUGUAAAAGUCUUGUUUUGAAAUUUUCCUGCAUUACUGCGAGCUCCACAUGUCUAACAAAAAUACUUUGACAUUGAUUUAUUUGUUAUAUUUCUAAGUUCCCAUUGUUCCCUCAAAAUGAGUCCAUCCAUGUGAUCAUAAAGCUUUUGAAUUUCAUUCUAUUUAUUCAUUUUCUUUUAAAAUGCAUAAUAAUGCCAUAAAGACAUCACAAAAUUUAGGCCCAACAAGUGGACACCAUAGCUAUUACAGCAAGAAUGAUGUAGAAUAGUCACUUCUUUAGUGUAUGUUGUUACCUUUUGGUGCCACUAGAGGGACACAUUAAGCUAUCAGUGUUUUCUAUGUGCAUUGCUUUCCAAAUUUACAGAUUAAUUUCCUCAGUAUGUCUUCUUAUAAGUCUUAAAAACAUGGUCUUAAAAGGCAUUUCUAUUAUUAUUAGUCUACAUUUUUUAUUUUAACCUAGUGUAAAGUAUUUACCUUAUUUAUUUGUAAUACCACAAACAUCUUAACAACACCCCUUUGAAAUUCUUCUAUGGUAAUGAUCAAGAAUCCAUUUUCCAAAAUAAAGUUAAAUUAAGAUAAAGUUAAAUUAAUAAAUUAAGGCCAUGUUUAUCCUUAUAUUGUGUUACAAAAAUAUAAUUCAGGACCUGGCCAUGCCUUUCCAUGGCAGUUAUAAAACGAAAAAAAAAUUCUGGGAAAAGUUAUAAUUUUCUCAGUACCUUCAUCUCACUUUCUUUUUUUUUUAACUCCUCAUUAUAACACAUUUGGAGUUCUGUAACUGCAGGUCCCUUUCCCAUCAUCCCUGCUUAAGUUAUUAAUAUUUCUUUCAUGUAUUUUGAUCCAUAUCAUGAGUUUGGUAUUAAGAGGUUACAUUUGUAUGUGAGUGUACAGCACUUCCUGAACAUUAAGUUUUACAGUUUUACCUAAUAAGGCUAAUCUAAAACAUCAGUUUUCAAGAAAAACAUUGUCAUUGUGAGUCUGAGUUAUUACAGGCUAAUCCAGGGCCAGUUCCAAGUAUUUAAAUUCUAUGGAUUUUCAUUAUAUUUACAUUUUGAAAUGGCCCCACAUGGUCAUUACUGCAGAAGAUGGAUUAUGGUGCUCAUAUUGCCUUUUUCAUUUUUUUUUACCGAUUGGAUAAAAUCCUCCGUCUUUCACACUGUAUUCUUCUUCUGUGAGUGUACUAGUUUUACAAAAUAAAGAUUGUUACCCAUAA